CGACCGGUUUAGUCGUUCAGCAGUCUCCGUGCAGUGAGCAUGUUUGUGCGCCAGACAUCGUCGUUGGUCGGUUGUCGUCAUCGCUACUAUACUACAGCCGUCGUAUCGCGAACAUCGACCGCCUUGGCUCGAUAGCCGUCGCCUUUUCGGAUGCGAGACUCUUAAAUCCCUCACUAUAAAUACAAAUCCCUGCGAACAAAACGCGUGUGCGUACACAGAUCACAGAUUACAGAUCACAGAUCACAGCCGUGAUAAUCCCGCUAAAUUCGCCGAAAAACCAGUGCUUUGUGUCCCGGUCUCAUAUUGUAAUUCAAGUAAUUCAAGAAAACUUCACGGAAUAAGUAACCCUGCAAGUGCCUUACAUAAAUAUCCCUGCUCAAUGCCGGAAACUUCUUGAGUCCGGCCCAAAAAGAAAAGGCGCCCGCUCUCAAGAUUCCCAGCCCACAAAAAUCUCGAGUGUGCUUCGCCGAGUGUCCUGUCAGCCAAAUAUAUGGUAAUGGCAGAGAUUGGUGGCCAUUUGGCUCACCAGCUACCGUUGCACAAUCACAACCACAAUCAAACUGGAUUACAGCCAUCGCUGGUGAUGAACCAUCACCUGGAUUUGGAUUGCCACGGACACGAUGUGAUAAAAAAACAACGACUAUCUCACUGCGUCGGCUGUGGCGGCCAGAUCCACGACCAGUACAUCUUGCGAGUUGCCCCCGAUCUGGAGUGGCAUGCGGCGUGUCUGAAGUGCCAGGAGUGCAGGCAGUUCCUGGACGAAAGCUGUACGUGUUUUGUGCGCGACGGCAAGACCUACUGCAAGCGUGAUUAUGUUAGGUUAUUUGGUACAAAAUGUGAUAAAUGCGGCAACUCCUUCAGCAAAAAUGAUUUUGUGAUGCGGGCCAAAACGAAAAUCUUUCACAUCGAGUGCUUUCGAUGCUCCGCGUGUGCGCGACAAUUGCUGCCAGGCGAUGAAUUCGCGUUACGCGAUGCCGGGGCUUUGUACUGCAAGGAGGAUCACGAUGUGCUGGAGAAAUCGUCGCAGAGCAGCCUCACUUCUUCGUCGGUGGAGAGCAACAACAAUAUUAGCAGUAGUAACAACAACAACACCAACCUUAGCAAUAACAACCAUUCCAGCGAAUUGGGUUCAAUGUCAGAUUCCGGCAGCGAAUCGGGCUCACACAAAAGUAUUAGGGAGAAGCGACCCUCGGGGCCCUCGGAUGGCAAGCCAACGCGGGUUCGGACCGUGCUCAAUGAGAAACAGCUGCAUACGCUCAGAACCUGCUACAACGCUAAUCCGCGACCUGAUGCGCUCAUGAAGGAGCAGCUGGUGGAGAUGACGAGUCUGUCCCCGCGAGUCAUCCGAGUGUGGUUCCAGAACAAGCGCUGCAAGGACAAGAAGAAGACCAUCCAGAUGAAGCUGCAAAUGCAGCAGGAGAAGGAGGGUCGCAAGCUCGGCUACGGCGCCAUGCAGGGCAUCCCCAUGAUCGCCAGCUCCCCGGUGCGACAUGACUCCCCACUGAAUCUCCAGGGCCUGGAUGUGCAGACAUAUCAACCGCCGUGGAAAGCCUUAAGCGACUUCGCCCUCCACGCCGAUCUCGACAGCAAUGGAGCGAUCAAUACCCACACGCCCGCAUUUCAGCAGUUGGUCAAUCAGAUGCACGGCUACGACCUGAACGGGAUGCCCAUCCUGCCGCCGCAUCCGCACUCGCAUCCGGCGCAAGGACCUCCCCACCAGCACCCCCCGCCCCCCGGCGGACCGCACAACCACCAGAACCAGCAUCCGAACCAGCAGCCCGGAGGCAGCAGCCUGGACUCCGGCAUCACCUCGCACCACCAUCCGGACAGCACCGACUCCUACGUCACCUACCUGGAGAGCGAUGACAAAUCCAAACUGGCGCUGACCCCGUCGUCCUCUUCCUCGGCCUCGGCGGGCACAUCGAUCUCCUCGCCGCCAUCGGGUGUCGGAGCUGGGGGUGGCGGUGCCGUGGGCGGUGGUUCAGGUGUCCUGGGCUUGGGCGUGGGCGUGGGCGUAGGCGUGGUGGCCAAUCAGUCGGCCACCGAGCAGCUCAUGCAAAUGCUCCAGAAGGUAACAGGCUCGGCUUCCCCCGCCUCACAUGCGGUUCUCUAAAAACAAAGGAGGCGCAGAGGGCGUGGCCGGAAGCUCGAACGUGAGGAGCUGCAGUCGAACUUCACGAACUCGAAAUGUUCCACUGAACAAAAUUCACACCCGCGCUGAAAUUUGAAAACCUCGCUUAUAAUCACCAUAUCCUUUGAUCAUUUGUACUUCACUCAAUAUUUUGAUCAUUUUUGUCAAAGUUUCGUUAAUUUAUCCAGUUUUAUUCAGUUAGUGGAGUUCGACUGCAACGGGGUUGUGCAAUUCUUUCUGUCCGCAUUUUUAAAUUCUACUCAUGUGUAUUCUGUAAAUGUAAUUAAUUUUAAAUUUGAUUUUAAUUGUAAUUUUAUUUUAUUCUGUUUGAUUCGGUGCCAAAAAAUAGUCUGUAGGCCGUUGGCAUUUUGUGGAUAAUCUGGCUCUGGUUCGUUAUGUAACAUACACUUUUGUUGUUGAGUUCCGAGAAAAGAUCAUGGGGAAAAAUUAAAGUAAGCUAAACAAAACUGCUCACACACUUGAAAAGUUAUUACAAUAAUUUCCGACACGAAAACAAAAAUUAUGAUAACAAAAGGAAAAGAGUUACUUCGCAUCAAGUAGGGAAUUUCAUUAAACAUAAAUUUGUAAAUACCUUUUAUAUAUUAAUAAUAAACAAAUAUAUUUUCAUUCAAAAUGCAAAGGAGCCGAUCGCAAGCGAAAGCAUUCACAAGCGAAUUGAGAAUUGAGAAUCUGACUCGUGUGUAUUAUAUGGUUAUAUGGGAUGCUAAAUCCGAGGGGUAACUCAAAAACUUAAAGGCGCACUUGGCAACUUGGCAAACUUGUAAAUCGAAUUAGCAACUACAAAAGCAUCUACGUUAAGUUCAUAAAUUGUAUGGCAAGUGAAACACAAAAUUAUUAUAAAUAAAUAAAUGCGGCAAGAGGAGGGGAAUUUUAUGUAAGUGAGAAACAAAACUGUAACUAAAUCUAGACUUAUUUGUAUUUGUUAGUUUUUAAACAUUUCCGAACUUAUUAUCGCAUUACAAGGCGAGGGAGACAACAAAUCCGGCAGCGGAAAGGCAGAAAUAAAUGAAAUGAAUUGAAAUGAAAUGAAAUGAAGUGUACUGUACCAAGGAUGUUUAUGAACUGUUUCGUAAAGCAACUAAUGUAUUUUCAAUAAUAUUUAACUAAUAUUAAUAAUAAACAGUACAUAAGUAAUUUUAGUAA